AUGAACGUCAACAAGAAAUUCGAUCGGUUGAGGCAAUGGGGCAGGGAGCGGAUGGGCGGAGAGUCCAAGACGGACACCACGGAAGAGUUCAAAGCACUCGAGGUGGAGAUGCAGCUACGGCAUGAAGGUAAUGGGAUAUUCGACAUGAGAUCGGAUCAGCGUACUGACCUUCCGGACAGGCAUGGAGAAGCUCAAGAAGUCGUCCGAUGUCUACAUCCAGCACAUGGGCAAGAGGGACAAGUACCAAGAUAAGGAUACACAGCUCCCUGUGGGCUACUUCGGAUCGACUAUGGUGAGCCAUGGCGACGACUUCGAGGCCGACUCAGAAUUCGGCCAGUGCCUAUCUGUUCUCGGCCGAGCCAACGAGCGGAUCGCCCGCAUGCAAGAGACGUACUGUGCCAAUGCUACCAGCAGCUGGCUAGAAUCACUGGAGCGAUCUCUUGUGCAGAUGAAGGAAUACCAGAGGGCGAGGAAGCAGUUGGACAGCAGGAGACUGGCGUACGAUACGGCUUCGGUGAAGAUGCAGAAGUCGAAGAAGGAGGACUUCAGGAUGGAAGAGGAGCUUAGACAACAGAAGAUGAAGUACGAGGAGUCCAGCGAGGAUGUGUAUCGGAGAAUGCUAGACAUCAAGGAGGCGGAGGUUGAAUCCGUACAGGACCUAACGAGCUUCUUGGAGGCGGAGCUGACAUACUACGAUCGGUGCCGGGAGGUUCUGAUGCAGGUAAAGAGAGACUGGCCAGCGUAAGUACACCUCGCGACCCCUUCUGCUUUAUCUCUGCUUACACUGGUCCAGACAGGCUGCGAUGGGAUCCGGCACAGCCAGUCCCGUCAAUGGAGGCCCUGGGCGCCGCAAUACUCGGUCCCGCGCGAGCUCCGUCAACGACCGCAUCGGCCGAAUUGAAGAAGACGAAUAUCUUGAGCCUCCUCGACCUCAGAUUGGCUCUCGCGUAGCAUCAGGAACUCAAUCACCACGCAGAGAAAUGCCUGGUUUCGAUCUGCCCACUCGUCCCAACAAUCGCAGCACCUCGACCCCAGGCUUCGAAGGUCCCACAACUCUCAACCGUGCCGACUCUCCAGCAGGCAUGCCUCGUCUCGCCCGUAUGCCAACCGAGCCCUCCCAACUUCUUGGCGCCAGAUCCAACUUGCGCAUCACCAAGUCCCGCGAGGCAACUCCGAGCGGUGCAGGAGGAGACGUGUUCGGAGACGACCAGAGCGAAGAUCCAGACCAGCUCAAUGAGCAUCAUCGAGCCACGAGCUGGUCUAACAUGGCAAACGACGGCAACGGCGCGGCUUCAACAACGAAGAAAGGCCCCCCUCCACCUCCGCCUUCGAGAGCCAAGAAGCCACCUCCUCCCCCACCGAUGAAGCGAAGUGCUCUUAGUACGAGCGAGCUGCCGCACUACUGA